AUGAUGGACGACGAUCGACUGUCCAUAAACUCACUGCCCGACGAGAUUUUGCUGUGCGUAUUCCGAAAGCUGUCAGCCACCGAGUUCGUCGCGACGGUACCGCUCGUGUGCGACCGGUGGUCGCGGAUAAUCUCGUCAGACGCUUGCACGCUAAAGCGGGUAUGCAUGCACCACACAAACGCGUCUGCUGCCGUUGAAUUCUUCUACUUCCGCGACGAAAGCGAACGGUCGCUGAUGUUCCAUUGGCCGUCCGACGAGUACUCUGCACGGCUACUGCAGUACAGCUACGACCAGUACGACAAUAGUGCCGUUGGCGGUCCGGUGAGGCGAGUUGGUUACGCGAACGCGUUCUACUUGUGCGCACGGUACGAGGAGAUCUUCGGGCAUAUCACCACGCUGGUAAUCUCGUCCAGUCUGUGCGUAUACGCCACUGACGGGUUCACGUACGUCGACUGUCUGACCACGUUAGUAUUGCACAGCGUCCGGAUCCGGGAGGCAGACCAGUACACGCUUGCCGAACUGGGCACCGUGUACUUCAACGUGACGGACGUGAUGUACUUGAAAUGUUCACUCGCCUCUCAUUUCGACCUCAAGUUCCUGCACGCCGGGUUCGGGCAGCUACGGCGGUUCCGGGCCGAUCACAACACCGUCGGAGUCCGGUUCCUCGAAGACCUGUUGCACGCGCACCGGGGCACCCUGGAGACGGUCGUGCUAGGCGACUCCACGGUGACGGGCGACCGUUGGAUAGACGUCCUAUCGGACAGGCUCCGCGGACGAACCAUAAACCGCCUGAGCAUGCACAGUUUGUACUUCACGGAGAGGUGUGUAAAUCGGUUUCUGACAUCCGCCGACUUGAUCCUGCCCGAUGACAGAUCCAAAGUGACCAUCAACAGUGAGCUAAGCAGGAUCUCGUUUUCCAUCGACAUCGAUCCCUUACGAUGA